GUGAUGAAAUUGACAAUGCGUUGUCCAAAUUUAACAGAAGUGGACCUAAGUGAUUGUCCGGGAAUAACAGACCGAUCUCUGAAAGCAAUGCUGCAUAAUCUGGAGCAUCUGAAGGUGUUGUCAAUUUCGCGUUGUUACGGAAUUGAACCGACAGCUUUACUAUUAGCCAAACAUCUUCGAACGUUGAAUGUGUUCGGAAAUAUAACAAAUGAAGGAGUGAUUUUGCUGCGAGAACAUUUGAAUCGUGUUAACGUUAACGAGUCAUGUUUUUCAACGAUCGCUGUUCCAACGCAUGGCAAAGAUAUAACGAGUAUUUGGGGACAUAGAACUCGAGAUAUUUAUUGA